GUAGUUUUGCAAGACUUGUUUCACUUUGUUUCUCGGCCGAGGCUGAGCCACGUACUUCAAACAAAGGGCAACCAAUUACUAACUUCUGGUUGCUAGGUGUGGUCUCCUUUCAAAUUCUAUAAAAUCAGAAGCACUAGGCUUCACUUCUAGUGUGAAACCUUCAGAGGAGAAUCUCUCUCCAGUGCUUUGGAAGAAGGUGAAGAAAAAGGAUACUUCUUUGAAAAUGGCAAUGGUAUCAGAAUUCCUCAAACAGGCCUGGUUUAUUGAAAAUGAAGAGCAGGAAUACGUUAAAACUGUGAAAAGCUCCAAAGGCGGUCCUGGGUCAGCAGUGAGCCCCUAUCCUAGCUUCAACCCAUCCUCGGAUGUUGCCGCCUUGCAUAAAGCGAUAACAGUCAAAGGUGUGGAUGAAGCAACCAUCAUUGACAUUCUGACUAAGAGAAACAAUGCGCAACGUCAGCAGAUCAAAGCAGCGUAUCUCCAGGAGAAAGGAAAGCCCCUGGAUGAAGCUCUGAAGAAAGCCCUUUCUGGUCACCUCGAGGAAGUUGUUUUGGCUCUGUUAAAGACUCCAGCCCAGUUUGAUGCUGAAGAGCUUCGUGCUGCCAUGAAGGGCCUUGGGACUGAUGAAGAUACUCUGGAUGAGAUUUUGGUAUCAAGAACUAACAAAGAAAUCAGAGAGAUCAACAGAGUCUAUAGAGAAGAACUGAAGAGAGAUCUGGCUAAAGAUAUCACCUCAGACACAUCUGGAGAUUAUCGGAAUGCUUUGCUUUCUCUUGCUAAGGGUGACCGAUCUGAGGAUUUUGGCUUGAAUGACGACUUGGCUGAUACGGACGCCAGGGCUUUAUAUGAAGCAGGAGAAAGGAGAAAAGGGACAGAUGUGAAUGUGUUCAUUACCAUUCUCACCACCAGAGCAUAUCCCCAUCUUCGCCAAGUGUUUCAGAAGUACGCCAAGUACAGUAAGCACGACAUGAACAAAGUUCUGGACCUGGAAAUGAAAGGAGACAUCGAGAAAUGCCUCACAGCUAUUGUGAAGUGUGCCACAAGCAAACCGAUGUUCUUUGCUGAGAAGCUUCAUCAUGCCAUGAAGGGUGCUGGGACUCGUCAUAAGGCACUGAUCAGAAUUAUGGUCUCCCGUUCUGAAAUCGACAUGAAUGAUAUCAAAGCAUGCUAUCAGAAGUUGUAUGGUGUCUCCCUCUGCCAAGCCAUCCUGGAUGAAACCAAGGGAGAUUAUGAAAAAAUCCUGGUGGCUCUCUGCGGAGACUAACAUUCCUUUGAUGACCACAAGCUUCUUGAUCAGAAGACUUUUUCAUCAUAUCUUUUCAUUCCAUAUCAUGCACUUAAAUAGUAAAGUUUUCUCAGCAGGAUUAUAGUCUAGCUAAAUGCUUUUUGAAAAAUAUAGCCUAUAAACCAUUUUUAUAUCACAACUCCAUAUGAUAGAGAGUAGCUUUUUUAAACUCUAUUUAUCCCAAACUACAAAACCUCAUAAACAGGUUGUUCUCGUAACAUUACCUGAGAAAGAUGUUUGUGCAGCAGAAAAUAAAGUGAUUCUGCAAGACA